AUGGAAUCCAACCUUCUAUCCCGUUCCGUGGACUCAGACUCGUCCAUCUCAACCGGAAAGCGAAACAUUGCUAUCGCUGAGAUAGUGAUUUAUUCCUUGAUUCAUAUUGUCCAGUUUGGUACGAGAUUCAUACAAGAGCGGCAAUACUGGCAUCACAACAAAAACAAGAGCAUCGGACGCUACAUCCUCUACUCUUGGUGGAGCAUGGUCGGUCUGCUAUCGCAAAUUCGCAUAGCUGGUUCAGCUUUAGUGCUCGCCUCCCACCCGAACAUGUCAAUGGUCACUGCGGCAUCCAUCCUGCAAAGCGUGGGCCUUUCACCCCUUUUGUUCGAAGUCAGUUUAGUGAUGCUGAGAUGUGGACAAUCCGGAGAAACUGGACCGGGAAAUUCGAAAUGGACCAAGCCAAUUCGCUUCGCCCUGCACUUCUUCCGCUUUCCGAUUCUCAUUGCCAUUGUCCUCGCCGUCGUCGGCGGAAUCAUCAAAAUGCACCAAUUGGGGGAGGCUGGAUCGAUUGUUCUGAUUGUUACCUUCGUCUAUGUGUGCAGUUUGGUGACUUGGCUCGCGGUGAAAUCCCGGACAGUCCUUCCUGAAUCAGGUCAACGAGCAACGCUGCUGGCUCUGUUGACUCUGCCAUUCUUGUUGAUUCGAGUGAUCUACUUCCUGCUCUUGGAGUAUGGUCCCCCCAAAUUCAACCCCGCGAAUGGUGAUGUUGGUAUUAUGGUUGGGAUGGGUCUUUUGAUGGAAAUAUUGAUUGUCAUCUUCCUCCUGCUGGCACGAGCAGUGGCGGAACCUAUUUGGCCAUCGGCAAUUAAGAAGCGGAUUGCAUAUGAUGACUUGGAAACGCCGGAAAAUUGA